AGGGUCACACGAUCAAUUCUAAGUAUGGUAGGUGUUGUCUCCGACGGAGCCCAUGGGUCGGUCGAUGCCCGGUUUAACGCCUACGUCAUUUUCCGCCCGAUAAGACUUAUCGCCGACAACCGGGACUGCCCCUCAUUGCAUUAUCGAGGUUUCGGCGAUAAAGAUAAGAUUGUGUGCGCAACGCCCUUUCGCAAACUUAUUACCCCUCGAACGACUUUUGAGCCCACCCACCGCGAGACCGGCGAGGGACCAAGCGUAUAAUCAGUUUGCAGACGGAGACUCGCAGUCCCUUUCUUUCGCCCUCCGCUUCCCUUACCUUACCUCACAUUACCGACAAGAUGCCUCGAGAUCCGCUCAUUGGUCUAGUCGGCAAGCCGUCGGCCGGCAAGAGCACGACGCUCAACAGUCUCACAGACGCCUCGUCAAAAGUUGGAAACUUCCCCUUCACGACAAUCGAUCCCCAAAGAGCAAUUGGUUACCUCCAAAUAGAAUGCGCCUGCGCGCGCCACGGCGUCUCGGACCGCUGCCGACCCAACUACGGCGCCUGCAUCGAAGGCCGCCGCUCCGUUCCCAUCGAGCUCCUCGACGUCGCCGGCCUCGUCCCCGGGGCGCACCAGGGCAAAGGCCUUGGCAACAAGUUCCUCGACGACCUGCGGCACGCCGACGCGCUGAUACACGUGGUGGACGCCUCGGGCACCGUCGACGCCGAGGGCAAAGAGACGCGCGGCUACGACCCGUCGGUCGACAUCGCCUGGCUGCGCGGCGAGAUCGUGGCCUGGAUCCGCGGGAAUCUGAUGGAGAAGUGGGGGUCGAUUCGGCGGCGGCACAUGGCGAUCAAGGCGACGGCCGUCGAUACGCUACAGGGCCAGUUUUCGGGAUACGGCAGUACCUCCAACGUUGUCGCGCGGGCGCUGGAUCGGUUGGGUAUCAAGGAGCCGCUCGAGGACUGGGACGCCGAGACGAUUGACCGCGUCGUCAACGCCUUUACAGACGAAAAGUUCCCGACCGUCAUCGCGCUCAACAAGAUUGACCAUCCGGACGCCGAUAAGAACAUUGCCAAAAUCGCAAAGAUGCAAGACCCCAACACCAUCGUGCUGUGCUCCGCCAUUUCGGAGAUUUUCCUGCGCAAGAUGGCUAAGCAAGGGUACGUCCAGUACACGGAAGGCAGCGAGUUCGUCGACACGCGGGAGGACCUAAUCGAGCAAGGGGACCCGACGGGCGGGGGGCUCAAGGAGCUGGACGAGAAGAACCGCAACCGGAUAGAGAACCUCAAGGACAUGGUGCUCUACCGCUUCGGGUCGACGGGCGUGGUGCAGGUGCUCUCCAAGGCGGCCGAGAUCCUGGGCCUCGUCCCGGUGUUCCCGGUGCGCAACACCACCUCCUUCUCCUCCGGCGCUGCCGAGUCCAAGUUUGUCUUCCGGGACUGCGUGCUAGUCAAGAAGGGCACCACGGUCGGCGAGGCGGCGCGCAAGGUUAUGGGCGACGCGCCCAUUGCGUAUAUUGAGGGCGUUGGCGGCCUAAGAGUCGCGGAAGACCACCUCGUCACAGUUGGAAAGAACGAUAUCUUGUCGUUCAAGGUCGGAAGAGCUUGAUGAAGAGUCGCGGCUAUCUCUGCGUUGUCCAACAGAGUGCCUGCCUCAUUCCCAUCGCAACCGCAUAAACUGGGAAGUACCCAGUGACAUUUGUGAUUCCCCGUGACCGGGCACCCCUUUGGAAAGAUGGAAGGGGGUUCAUCGCAAAUCGUUAAAAAAGCUCCAUAUAGAGUUGGGAGGCGGGUACUUCGGAAUAACCGCCCCCCUAGCCCAGCAAGGCGAGAGCGAUCACCUGGGGCCAAGGGGACCAUUCAAGGUGGGCCUCGAAAAAGAAUUAAAUAAAGAAAUUUCAAAAAGCUCAGGACUGCCGUUGGCAGUAGAAAUCGUGAAGCACUAUUUUGGACUCGAGUCAUUGCGAUGUGGAUCGUGUUCCCUCUUGUGAUG